CCGAAGACGUGGCAAAAUCCUCUUAAAUGUGCUCAGAGCCCACUGGCAGCUGCCAUCUUUACCAGCAGCUGACCAUCAGAAGUACCGAUCUAUGUCAUUUAAAGUCUUAAAGUGUUUGCUGCCCUAAAAGAGGGAGCUGCUCAAGCAAAGUGACCUCUGGGUGUAAGUGGAAGCAUUGUGUGAAGAUUUGUGGGCCAGAGGAGGAGGAGUAGAAAGUGGGAGGCCUCAGUUGAGGCCCUGUGCUUCCCCGGAAGAAAAUAAAAGAUUUGCCAGGAUUUGAGAGAACAGGAGGAGAUGGCUACGGGAGAAAUAACACUUGGCUCCCCACCCGAAGACAGCGGAAGCGAUAGCUUUCCUCCAGGGAACUUCAAGGAUCCUAAGAGGCUGUACUGUAAAAACGGAGGCUUCUUCUUGAGAAUCAGACCUGAUGGAGGAGUAGAUGGAGUUCGGGAAAAAAAAGAUCCCCACAUUAAGCUUCGACUUCAGGCUACUUCGGCAGGAGAGGUGGUGAUCAAAGGAGUUUGUUCAAACAGAUAUCUGGCAAUGCAUGGAGAUGGCCGCCUAUUUGGAGUGAGACAAGCAACAGAGGAAUGCUACUUCUUGGAGCGACUAGAGAGCAACAACUAUAACACCUAUCGCUCUAGGAGAUAUCCAAACAUGUAUGUGGCGCUGAAAAGGACAGGCCAGUUCAAGCCUGGAAACAAAACUGGACCAGGUCAAAAGGCCAUACUCUUUCUUCCUAUGUCUGCCAAGUACUAAUAUGGAAUGUUGACUUUGAUGUUGCACAUGAAGGAAAUUUGUGAUGGCAGUGACAUCUGUGGUUCAGCAGUCUUUAAAAAUCAUUUUAUUCUUGAAAGUAUUCUGUUAUAGCUAUGAAACAGGGCCACAAAGUCUGACCCAGCUGCUGGAUUUUAUUCUAUAACAAACAAUUACAACAGAAAAGCUUUAAAACUUUAAAGAAUAAACUCACUUAAAUAUAUCAGAUAUCAACCUUACCUCUGUAUGUUAAUAAGUAAAGAGAAUAAUCUUCAGAAUAAUCUUCUUCUAAUGUAAAGGCAUUCCCAGUGAUCUUUGAAUUAUAAUGUAGUUUUUAGCCUAUUUCAAAAAGCUUGUGUCUAGGACAAAGGUUUGCAACCUGCAGUUUCUUUUUUUAAAGAAAAAUUAAAAAAAAGUUUCUACAUGUUAAAAAAGUGGUUGUAAAGUGCAGUGUUAGUGCAAAUACAGAUGCAACUGUAACAUAUAGCUACUGUGUAUGUAUAAAUUAACAUGUUUGAAUAAACUAUUAAAAAAAAAAAAAGUAAGACGGGAGAAAGUAGUAAAAGGUAAAAAAAGGAAACCAACUCAAACUUUAACUCACUAACAGUUGAAGGACAGUGCAUAUCACAAGUCAAACUACAACAUCUUGACACAUUUCUGUGCGUCCUGUCCGGUACGACAAAAAAAAUCAAUGGACGUAAAUUAGCACAACCAGAACUGCAGAGAUGCACCAAUAACAGUGAAAUUAGCUAUUUUUAUUUAAUCACUGACAUUACACUAGCUACUUUUCCUGCACUUUUAUUUUGAAAGAACCUUAUUUCAAAAGUUAAAAAGGCUGUUUUCUUUGAUUGUUUGUGUUUUAUCUAUGCAAAAUGAUUCUAUAAAAACAAAUAAGUGCCUCAUUUUUUAAAGGGUGAAGUACAACUUUGUGGCUCGUACUCUUUCAGAGUACAGGUUGCAGACCCCUGUUCUAGGAUAUGUUGGAGUUAUCCAGCCUUACAGUUUUGAGACAGAUUCCAGUUUACGAGCAAAGCAAAGACGUGCAUAUAUCUAUUUUUCUUUAAGUGGAUGCGUCAGAGUGGAGUGGAGCAGGGAGCUUGCUGUCUGCCAUUUAAAGAUUUUAUGAAACAUUUUUUGUCUCUGAAAUCCUGACAAUUUAAAUAAAGAAAUACUCAGAAACAUAAUUUUAAUCCUAAUUUUCUUUAUAUAUAUGUUGUCCAUUAUGAGAAAAAUGCAACAAAAACAUGUUAAAAACACCAAAAUAUUGUGCAUAGUACCACAGUAACAGGUAAAGUACUUGUGCCUAUUAAAUAAAUGGCCAUAUGCAGGUUGUCAAACUAAAGGCUUUUAUUUACUUUUUUU